GGCGACGAGGGCUAGGGCAGGAAGAAGACGACAACGCAAGGAGAAUACGGCGGUGCUUGGCAACGCCGGUAGCGGUGCUUGAAGGAAGACGAAGUCGGCCGAGCAAGAAGGAAGACAUCGAUGCCAGUAGCGCGAGGAAGACGACUACACCAGCUGCGAAGAGAAGAAAGUUUUUGAGGUAAGCAUCUUCAUUUCUCCUGAUUCAUUUACGGUGAAGGCGGAUCUUUGAGGUAGGUGUUUUACCCUUCUCCUUCCUUGAUUCAUGGAUACGAAUGUUGGAUUACAUAUAUUUGAUUUAGUGUUUCAUAGAUUCGACUGGAUGUGAGUUUUUUUUUUUUUUUUUUUUUGCUUCGUUUUUUGGAUCUAAUAUUCAUUGUUAGGGAUCUUGGAUUCUUGUCGGGGGAUUUGAGAUUCGAUUUGGGGGAUCUGGGAUUCUUUUGAUUUUGGGGAUUUGGAUUUCUUUCUAUUUGAGGGAUCUGGGAUUUUCUGUGGCUGGGAUCUGAGAUUCGAUUUGGGAGAUCCGGGAUUCUUGUUGACCUGGGAUAUUAUUUAGCAGGUCUUGGAUACUGGUUUGUUGGAUGUCGAUAUUGUUUGGGGUUUCUGGAUUUUGCUCGUUAAAUUGAUAUUUUUUUACCUGGAAAAUUGUUUAGUUGGCAUGGGAUACCAUUUAGUUUAAUGUGGAUAUUGUUUGGUGGUUAAUUGUCCGGAUAUUGGUUAUGUGAUGCAUAGAUAUUUGUAUGCUAGGUCUGGAUAUUUUUAUGCCAUGUAUGGAUAUUAGUUCAAUGAUAUUAGCUUUUUUCAGGAAUUGUGCAAGAUGACAAGAUCCAAAAGGUGUUUGAUGCCAGCUCCUCCAAGAGAAGGGGAGGCGGAGACACAUCACUAGCUCAAUCCAGACGCAUCAUGCUGGGAAAACAAAGAUUUUGACAACCUUGACCUAAAUCAGGUACAUAGAUGUUGUCUUUGCUUCUUAAGUGACAUGGAUGCAUAUAGUAAACUAAAUAUUUUACAACAUAUGUAGUUUGCGGCAAUGAAGUCAAUGGUUGAGAGCAUGAUCCAAAUGUGGAGGGCUCGGGACGACGUGCUCAAAAAAAUUAUCAAGCGUUUAGACCAGCAAGACAACAGUUGAACUAUUGCUUUCUCAUUUCUUACAUGGUUGUGCUUUUUCGGAUUUGAAAUUAUUGGAUUGCCAAGUUGUAAUGACAUUAAAUACUAGUUUUAUCGCAAUUUGUCUAUCAAUCGACUCUUUUUAUUAAGAAUUUGAGUUUUUUAUUCUGGAAUAUUAUUUGCUCGUCGAAAACACAUCUCCACAAAACAAAUAUCCAAACCACUCAAACUAAUAUCCGACUGUCGCACUAAUAUCCAUUCUCCAUUACAAAUAUCCAUACUACCCAGACUAAUAUCUCACCAUCUCAUACUAAUAUCUAGUCAUGCCGAAAUUAAUAUUCUCACUAUCACAGACUAAUAUGUGACCACAUAUCCAGCCAUAGUCUCUUAAUUAGCAAUUACCAUAGGUUGAAAAAGACAUUACUUUCAAAUUUUGCAUCGAAAAAUUAUAUAUAUAUAUAUAUAUAUAUAUAUAUAUACUAUUUCUUCAUACUUGAAAACCAAUGUAGAUAAACAUCCACACAGAACAAAAAUUCAAACCACCCAGACUAAUAUCCGACUGUCGCAGACUAAUAUCCGCUCACCAUCACAAAUAUCUACACCACCCAGACUAGUAUCCCUUUGUCUCAGGCUAUUAUCCAGUCAUACCAUAAUUAUCCUCACCAUCAUAGACAAAUAUCCACCACACAUUGACUAAUAUCUUACCCCCGCAAACUAAUAUCCGACUACUCAGACAAAUAUCCACACAUCACAAAAUAAUAUCCUCAUAUCCAUAAUAAUAUCCUAUCACCAUUCACCGGAGACAAAUAUCGAACCACCCUAAACACUAAACCAAAACUCCAAACUUGAAACUCUGACCCUAAACCAUAAACCUGAACCCUAAACACUAAACCAAAACUCGAACCCUAAACCUGAAACACUAACCCUAAGCUCUAAACACUAAAUUGGUUUAAUCAAUUUCUGAUGGUAUAAAUUCAACGUCUCUUUUUAUUAAGGAUUUGAGUUUGUUAUUCUGGAAAAUUAUUUACUAGACAUGAAUACUAGUUGGUUUGAAAUUGAUAUUAGCUCGUGGAAAAUACAUACUCAAAAAAAUAUUCAAACCACCUAGACUAAUAUCUGGUUGUCACACUAAUAUCCGUUUUCCAUAACAAAUAUCCAUACUACCCAGUCUAAUAUCCCACCGUCUUAGACUAAUAUCUUGUCAUCCCAAAAUUAAUAUUCUCACUAUAACAAACUAAUAUCCGCCACACAAAGACUAAUAUCCGACCACACAUACAAACAUCCACACGUUGCAAACUAAUAUCCUCCAUCACAUAAUAAUAUCUUAUCACCACAGACAAAUCCUAAACCAUAAAAAGUAUUAUUAUUUAAUGAGUAGUUACCAAAAGUGCCUCAUUAGAAUAUCCAAACGUCCCAGUCAAAUAUACAAAAACAUGGACUAAUAUAAAUUCAAACCAAAACUAAACCCUCAAAACUAAACCAUUAAACCCUAAACCCUAAACCCUAAACCUUAACACAAACCCUACAUAACAAUAUCCAAACAUCUCAGAACAAUAUCUAGUGUAACGUAAAUGAUAUUGUAUAUAUAACAGACUAAUAUCCACAACACACUAACUAACAUCCACCAGACAAUAAAUAAUAUCCACCAUAUACUGACUAAUAUCCACCGCACACUGACUAAUAUCUUAUUGUUGUACACUAAUUCGAAUUGUUACCAAAAGUGCUAGAUGCUUAAAUAAACAAAAGACUUGUGUUUUAAUUAUUCUAAUAAUAAUAAUAAUAAUAAUAAUUAGACCGCCCGUAUUAUGUACAAGACUUUGGUUCACUGGUUUUGAACUUGGAGGUCUCAUGUUCGAACAUAGUUAGUAAAUACUCCGUUUAAUACACGUAUAUGUACCCGUACGUACUUUAUCCGUUUAAAACUUCUGUAUCCGUAUUAUUGUCAAGUCGUUUCAUUUUUUCCGUUCAUUGGAUUGCUCCCGUACUAAACACGUAUAAAACCCGUAUAACAUGUUUAAUAUCAGUAUUUAAUGAAUUAAAUUGUGAACUUUACUAUUAUUUAUAUAUUUAUUUAUCUUAAAAAUAAUUUAUUUUUAUAUAUUUAUUACUAUUAACGUACUAUUAAACGUACCUUUAGCUUAGAGAUGACGUAAAAUACCCGUACGUAUUUUUUACGUAACUUUCCCGUACCGUAUUUUACUAACUAUGGCAGCAAGAAAUAGACACCAUGUUAACCUAAAACUUGAUAAGAGUUGCCAUACCAAACUGUUUCUCGAAACGCUAUGUUUACUGGUUCACAUGGGAUGAGGCGUGAGCAUUAAGUCUUGCACUUAACUUUGCAAUUUGCAUCUUAGGCUUGACAAUUUCGUUCCCAAAGGCGUUUAAUAAAAUACAAAACAGAUCCUGUGACAGAAAAUCGGAUUUAACUAAUAAUAUCCUCUUAUUCAUUUCAACUACAGGAGGGCCACAUUGCAGUUGCAGACGCUGCUGGUAUCUGUUUCAUUUCCCAUGUUACCAACUCCCCAAGUGUCUUGAAUGAAGCCCAAGUCAACCCUCAUCCUGAAAUUCAGAAGAGGUCUAGUAAUGUUUUCACAAGUUUCUUUUAUUUGUAUUUUUAUUUCAGAAUGCGUGAGAAAAUGUCCAGAACACGCACCUAUUUGCUGCUGUAUAGGCAGAGGUGGGAAUCCCCACAAAAGAAAAUUCAAACCAUCUGCCGCAGCCAUUGACUUUUACAAGUUUGGAGUACAUCUAUAAAUAUUUACUCAGUCAACCUCCCAUCACUUUUUGGAUCGUUAAAUAGAAACCCGGAUCAUAAUACAUGCUUCAGAGCCUGCACUUCUUCCACUGGAUAUGGUUCCCCGUUGAUGCAUAUCCUUAUACACCAAUAACGUUGCCAAUCCCAUUGAGCAAAAGCAAGCUCCAGGGCUCAUGGAGAUUGAAGAAAUGGAUUCUGGUGAGAAGCGGCUCAACGAGCUGGGGUACAAUCAAGAGCUAAGAAGACAAAUGACUUUGUUCAAAACUCUUGCCAUAUCAUUUUCAACCAUGACGCUCUUCACUGGGAUCACUCCCUUGUACGGUUCAAGCCUUUUGUAUGCAGGCCCUGCAACUCUGGUGUGGGGAUGGGUGGUCGUCUCAUUCUUCACCUGGUUUGUAGGCAUUGCUAUGGCUGAGAUUUGCUCCUCUUUUCCUACGACUGGUUCUCUUUAUUUCUGGGCUGCUCAUUUGGCUGGUCCUAGAUGGGGACCUUUUGCAUCCUGGUGCUGUGCUUGGCUCGAGACCAUAGGACUUGUUGCAGGCAUAGGUACUCAGGCAUACGCGGGGUCGCAAACGCUGCAGAGUAUCAUAUUAUUAUGCACAGGAACAAACAAAGGUGGAGGAUACUUUGCUCCUAAAUGGCUCUUCUUGUGCAUGUACGUGGGUCUCACUCUGAUAUGGGCUUUCCUCAACACUUUUGCCCUGGAAGUCAUUGCCUUUAUUGACAUCAUUUCCAUAUGGUGGCAGGUGAUUGGCGGAUUGGUAAUUGUUAUACUACUUCCACUGGUGGCAACAACCACACAAUCUGCUUCUUAUGUGUUUACGCAUUUUGAAGUGGGAUCAGAGUCAACUGGAAUAUCGAGCAAACCUUAUGCAGUCGUUCUGUCUUUUCUUGUUAGUCAGUACUCUCUGUACGGAUAUGAUGCAGCAGCCCAUCUAACUGAAGAAACCAAAGGCGCUGAUAAAAAUGGUCCAAUAGCAAUUCUGUCCAGCAUUGGUAUUAUAUCGGUAUUUGGAUGGGCUUAUAUCUUGGCUCUCACUUUCAGCAUCCAGGAUUUCAGUUACUUGUAUGAUCCGAGUAAUGAGACUGCAGGAGCAUUUGUACCGGCACAAAUACUAUACGAUGCAUUCCAUGGGAGGUAUCAGAACUCUACAGGGGCAAUUGUGCUGCUGUUUGUGAUUUGGGGUUCAUUCUUCUUUGGUGGCCUCUCAAUAACUACUAGUGCAGCUAGAGUGGUGUAUGCUUUAUCAAGAGACCGAGGUAUCCCAUUCUCAUCCAUAUGGCGUAAAAUCCAUCCGAAGCACAAAGUUCCCUCCAACGCGGUGUGGCUCUGCGCAGCCAUCUGCAUUCUUCUCGGGCUCCCAAUACUGAAAGUGAAUGUUGUCUUCACAGCCAUAACUUCUAUAUGCACAAUCGGGUGGGUUGGUGGAUACGCGGUCCCAAUAUUUGCAAGAAUGGUGAUGGAUGAGAAGGACUUCAAAGCAGGGCCAUUCUACUUGGGGAAAGCCAGAAGGCCCAUCUGCUUUGUUGCCUUCACCUGGAUUUGCUAUACUUGCUGUGUGUUCCUGCUGCCUACUUUGUACCCAAUUUCUUGGGACACUUUCAACUAUGCACCAGUGGCACUAGGAAUUGGUCUAGGUUUAAUAAUGCUGUGGUGGGUGUUGGAUGCUAGGAAAUGGUUCAAAGGGCCUGUGAGGAAUAUUGAUCCCCCAAAUGGUAAGGUUUGAAUUUUUUACUGUCAGCUCCAGCUUCAUGUUUCCUGUAUAUUAUACAAUUGACCCUACAGCAGUGAUUUUCAUUUCUGUUCUCAUUGUUGCUCCAAGCAGUGUGCGUUUAUGCUUCUUCAAGUGACUUUAGCCAAGUAAUUAGAGAAACUCAAAAAGAGCAACUCUCUUCUGGGCUCUGGCUAAACACUAGCCCUGUCUGUCCUUUCUGGGACAUCUGAAAAAAUUGGAACACUAGCCUUGUUCCUUAAUGAGAUUAGUGUUGACUAUUAGGCCAAGAUAAUAAUCGUUAAUCAAAGCU